AUGAAAAAUAAAAGUGGUAAGAGGAAAAGAUUGUUGCCGUCACAGUCGGCGACGGUUGAUACUCUCAAUGACUUCCCUGAUGAGAUACUAACUCACAUUCUCUCUUUGCUUCCAUGCAAAGACGCUUUUAGAACCACCGUUCUUUCGAAAAGAUGGGUCUCAUUAUGCCACUCACUCUCCACUCUCAACAUCAAUGAUGAAGGUGUCAACAAUUCUGAGGACUGGAUUUACUUCCGUCGUCUUAUGGACAAAGUUAUGCUGUCUCCACUCGCUCAACGCCUUACCCUCAAAUCUCUUUCUCUUAGCUGCUGGUCUGAACUCUGGGAGGAAGAGGCUGAUGGCUGUUUGAGUUUCGACAAUUGGCUUGAAGCAGCAAAACUACGUGGCAUGGAGCGUCUCUAUCUACACUUGUUAAAUGUUCCAUUGGCACCUACCAUUUUCUGCUGUAAAACACUUCUGCGUCUGUAUUUGACAAAUUUGACAACGAGCAUAAGUGUAGGCUCUAUGGUUCACUGUUCCGUUGAUCUUCCUUUGCUCGAAACGUUGUUUGUGUUUAACAUUUUUUUCGAAGAUACAAAGGAUUUCACGAAACUUCUUUUAGGGUGUCCCAAAUUGGAAUAUUUGGCUAUAGAUCGUGUAAAUGCUAAUGCCGGUGUUCCAGAGGGAGGGUACUUUAAACACUUGUCCAAGUUGAUAUUGGCUUGUAUCAGUUUGUUCAAUGUGCCGUUCAAAGCAGUUUAUAAUGUCAAGUAUCUAACUGUAUGUGAGAUUGGGAAAAGUCUUCCCAAUAAAGAAAUCAAUUCAUUUGACACGGUGUUUGAAAACUUAACCAAACUUCAAACUCUUAACAUUGCAAAGGCGAAGAAUUCAACAACCAUAGAGCAUUGGGAAUAUCCAGAUCAUGUUCCAGAAUGUGUUUCGUCUCAUCUAACAAAAUUUGAAGUUAUAGACUAUGAAGCUUGCGAAGCUGAUUUUCGAUUCGCAACAUAUAUUUUGCAGAAUGCGAGACUUUUACAAGUUAUGACCAUUCAUCAUACUCUUCACCCAAAUCCAAUGGAGAGCCCUCAAUUUUUAGAAAAUUUAUCCUCCUGUCCAAGAAUGUCUCCCACAUGUAAGCUGAAUCUCAGCAGUUCCUAG